GGUCCAGGCCCCUUCUUUAUUCAUUCAAUCAUCGUCGUCAAGUCCCCAGGCCCACUAGACAGUUCGUCAUUAGGGGUCUGUGAAGCCCCAGGGCUGCCUUAUCUUGCCGUACCGAAAUAUCAUGGGCAUCGAAGCUCAACGAUGGGUGAGUAAUGAAUUCCAGGUUACCUAAAACUUCCGCGCCUCCUCCUCUUCGGACGACGAAAUAUUAAUACUUUAACGCACACUCUUUACCUGUCGCUUGAUAAAUGUGCCACUUUCGGGUUGUGUUUCUGUUUCAGAGUUUCACAAGAGGGAGGGGGUCUAACAUUUCAACCUUUCCCCCCCUGCGCUCUGAUGUUCUCACCCAGGUCUGCUUCACCUUUACUGACAACGUUGUCGCACCACCUAGCUCCGUCCCAGACGCUGCCAGACCAUUUCCACGAUCCUUCCUUAAAGUUUUCCCCGCGAUCUACCCCGCGAAUUAAUACCCACGACGGCGACGGCGACGAUGAUGAUGGUGAUAAUGGCGGGUGGGAUAAUACUCUUAGACCUAUAGCUCACGAUCCUUCUACCUCUCGCGUCAUUGCGCACUCGCGCGAAUCCUCCCUCGAAAAGCUUCAGUCUGGUUCACUAGCCGGUAUCCCUGAAUCUCCCCAAUCUCCUCCGGCUUCCUCCACCAUCAACUCCCCCGGAUUACGUUCAGCCGCAUCGCGUCCGAGCCCCGGCGGCAUAUUCGAGCGUCUCGCCGAUCCCAAAGCUGCCGCGUACGGACACCAUCGCCAAACUUCUAUUGUUCAUGGCAUCCAACACUCGAGGAAUGGGAGCCACGCAAGUUCGUCUUCGAGUCCCCUUAGUCCGCAGAUGAUAGCGGCAGCAGGUGCUGGACUUUUGCCGGAACGCCCAGACUUGUCCACAAUGAACCGAUUAGAUUCAGAAUUGUCAACGCCGUCCUCUAUGGCCUCGAUGGCUUCGAUAGCCUCUCGGCCGCUAACCGCCUUGUCGGGCACGACGGCCAACGCCUCUAUCCAUUCCACCGAAAAAUCAGAGUCGUUAACGAUACGGUCUACCCAGGAUAGCAGUAGCAGUGGCACUAUUAUACAGAGGAAGGUUGAGCGGAUGCAUAGCAAAACUCGGCGCGACCAUAAUCAUCACCAUUCACAUUCGUCGAGACAUCAUAGAGAUGAGCCUAAGACAGUAGGCGAAUAUGCUAUGCAUGUAUUAUUUACGUCGUUUAUUGCUAUGGCUGAAGAGAAGCUUGAUGACUGCAUCAAACCGCCUUUUGAUCCUGAGCCGUCUAUCGAACAUAUUUGCGGCCCUGGGGCAGAUCCAGCCUUUGAUCGUUUUAUCAUCGCUCUCGGUCACAUUGCAAGUCAAAAACCGAGACCCCUGAUCGAUUCUAUUAUGCUUUGGCGGAAGCAUAAAAGUGAGGCUGCUAAUGAGGCACGCGGUAGUCUGCAACAGAUGAGGUCUAAUAUACCAACUGCCUCUCUUGUGAGGCGAAACACAGAGCCAUUACAGCUCCUCACUGGUAACCCAGACGACGCAGCAUCUCCUGGGACGCAAACUCUCGCAGAGAAGCAAAAUAAGGCGGCUCAUGCCGAACGUCGUUCUAUCAUCUCCAUCUAUAUCUUGUGCCGAGUCCUCUUAGAAGUUAUUAGUCAGAGUAGUCUCAGCUCUAUAACCCCUGAGAUGGAAGACAAGCUUGAGGCUAUCAUAUUUGGCCAACUUAAGAUUGCUGACAUAGAACAGCUAUAUGUAUCUCCUCUCAAGCUGGCUAAUUGGAACCUUUUCGCCCAGCUGCUUGGAGCCAUGAGUGUAAUCAACUUUUCCAGUGUCGCAGAGCGGUUUAUUGCCGAUCUUAGUCAAUCGCUUUUAAAUCUCGCUGUUAAGAGUCCGACGACCCAAAAUAGGGAUCCGGAAGGACAAGUGGAGUUGGUGCUAGGAGGUAUGAAGCAUCUACAUAUCAAGAUUGAUACCGACGAAAACUGGGAUCAAACGUGCGGCUUCUUGAUAUCCUUGGGUAAACUAUUUGCUCAAUCUCAUGGCCAGAAGGUGAAAUCGGCAUUUUGUCAGAUAUUGGAUACACUGCUGCUCCCCAUUGCUGCCAAGGCAACAAAUAAGCACUUCUCCUACCUGAAGUGGUCGGAAGUGCUAAGCAAUAUAAGCCCUCGCCUAGCGACAAUGUUUGCAAAACCGCGUCAUUGGUUGGCUGCGUUCCCGUUGACGGCAACGAUGCUUUGUGUAUCGUCCCCGGAGAAUCUCACUACCCAAUGGCUUCAGCUGGUUCGGACGGUCCAGCCAAGACUCAAAGAUCGUGCCGUGCGUCCUCUAUGCUUACAAGUCAUCUCAAGGCUACUUUGGGCCUACUUAUAUCGAACUAAUGAUUCCAUGGCCGGAGCUACUCGCAAAUUAGACGAGGUGCUACAACUUGUCUUGCCUAGCUCCAAGCGUACAUUUUCGGCCGCAGACACGGCAUCUACGGGACCCUUGAUACAGAUUAUUAGAAUCAUUGGUUAUAAAUAUCCGGAGUAUUGUUGCACGAAUAUCAUCUUCCCCUUAAUUAAUGCAGAACUGUUCAAUCUAAAUAAGGAAUUGAAAGUUGAGCAACUUGAGCCGGAUAGGAUGGUCAUCGGAAUCAGGGCAUUCCUCACAAUCAUGUCAGAUUUAGAAAAGGGUGACCUUGGACGACCUCCGUUUCCGCAGCACUAUUCCUUCCUAUCCGCCUCCGAUCGGGUCCCUCCAAGCUCGCCAGCAUCGACUUCAGCUUCUAGUGUUGUUCCGUCAAGUCCGCUCUUACCUGAUCGUGAUGAAUCUUUAUCACGGCCUGUGCAAUUAGGCGCUUUGAGCGAAGGUGCGAGAUCCAAUUAUAAAAAAUUCUCAGAAAUCCUUGGUAAAAUUACAAUUAUCUGCGAUAACACAUUCGGGGGUCAAGCCGCACUAGAUGAGAAGUUCAGUAGUCCAGGAGGAGGUCCAAAAACUCCUAUUGCCGAGACGUUCAACUUCUCAAGACGCGAUGACCAUCCAAGUCCUGCAGACCAGAAACAGGCUUUCUACGAACUUCUCCACGUUGCUGUGCAGGCUUUGCCUCGUUGUCUACCUGCUGAUAUACCAUUCAAUACCCUCAUCAACUUACUCUGUACAGGAACUGCACAUGUUCAAUCUAACAUCGCUGAAUCUUCUGCCCAAUCUCUCAAAUCUAUUGCCCGACAGUCAUAUGCCCAUCAAGUUACGGUUGGAUUUGCAAGGUUUAUCUUCAACUUUGAUGAUCGUUAUUCUACAAUGUCUGAUGGAGGGAUGCUAGGUCCUGGUCAUAUUGAGUCUACUCUACGACUUUAUGUCGAGUUGCUACAAAUAUGGAGGGAUGAGAUACGGCGAAAGACUAAAGAUGCUGCAUCUGAUCCUACAGAUCUCAACGGUGCCGAUAAACGCGGUAUGAAACUGGAUUUGUCCAGCAUAUGGGCAGAAGUCGAACAUGUUGAAGCGCGUGGUCUAUUCUUCUUAUGCUCACAAUCACGAAGAGUACGAAAUUUCGCGAUUACGGUUCUUCGACUGAUCGUUGAAUUCGACACUGCCCUAGGCAAGGACACCGAGCAAGAGAAGGAUACCGUCCGCCUUAUUGAUAUCCUCGAAAAUGAUUCGGUGCAAGUGAUGAAUUUUAAAGACGAACAUCUAUCUAUAGCAGAACGAAGCCGAUUGCAAAGGGGUAUGCAAAACAGCAACAACAAAGGUGCCCUCAUAGACCUUUGCACUAGCGACGUUUCGUAUGAUACAACCCUCUGGUUUAAGAUUUUCCCUAAUUUCAUACGGAUUGCCUAUGAUCGAUGUCCCUUUACUGUAACCAUCGGUCGUGACCUAGUGUGCAAUCGAGUUCUACAGAUGUACAAGGGCAUCGUAGUUCUGUCAGAGCCAACCCGUGGCCUCUACUACGGAUCCGAACCCGGUAGCGCUCGAUAUACGGGAAGGACACCAACCACACAACCCGACGUUCUGGUUGAACAGUGGAAAUUGUAUUUGGCUUUCGCCUGUACAACAUUAACCGACUCGGGGACCGUCAUGAACGGUCCUUCUCAGGGAAGUCAACAUACCCGAAAAGGGUCUAAAUCUGCCGAAAAACUAGUAUCGGCAAGAACACUCUUUAAAUUCUUGAUACCGUUGCUAUUCGCCUCUUCGCGCUCUGUUCGAGAAGCCGUUGUGCUUGCCAUGGGAUCCAUUAAUAUCAACAUAUAUCGAACGUUACUCGAAGAAUUGCAAGGACAUGUAUCUCGAUGCAACGACGAAGCUCGCGCGCGAAUACAUCAACGAACCAGUAGCGGUCCACGUAGAAAUCCAAAAAUGGAUACGCUACGAGCAGAGCUCACUCAUGUGUACAAGUUGACGUGCCACUUCUUAAAAGAGCCAGAUGUCUACCAAGAUGAUUGGAUUCUCGGUAACCUUUGCACAUAUACCAAGGAUAUCAAACUCUUUUUGAUGGAUGGCGAGGUUCAGAUGGAUUGGGAGUUCCAGAAACUAAGACAACAUUACUGUGGCUUAGUCGAAGGACUUUUUGACGGCAUUAACCGUACGAAAGAUCCGUCCCGCUGGAUGACAUUCGAAUCUCGGAAAUCUUCGUUUACCCUGAUGGAAGACUGGUGCGGAUUCUCGCCCAAUCAGAUGCAGAUCCGCCAAAGAGAAGACACGAUGCGACAGUCCCUAAUUGACAAGAAAUCUCUGGGCGAACGGGGCCCUAUCUCCGCUGGCAUGGAAAUAGAGAAGAGAAACCUGAAGACGGCAGCCCUGAGCGCCAUGGCUGCUCUUUGCGCCGGCCCGGUUAGUGUGACUACUGAAAGUGGCGCCACCCUCCAUUUUGACAUGAGACGGAUGCUUAAUUGGGUAGAUUCAAUCUUCAGCUCUGGAAGCGAUCGGGUGAAUAUUAUCGGGAGAAGAGCAUUGAAGAACCUAAUCGUUUACAACCAAGAUCACCCAUAUCUCCUAGAGCAUUGCAUUGCACGAUGCUAUAUAACAGAGGUGCCGAAGGUGCUGGAAAGUUAUUUCACGGUCAUCACCGAGGUGCUACAGGAACAUGUCGACUACCCAUCGCCGUUCUGGAAACUCUUAGGGCUGUGCUUAUUCACUUUAGGUAGUGAUCAAAGCGACAUCCGAUCGAAAUCUGCCCACGUUCUCGAAGCGCUAGAGGAGAAACAACAAGCUGCACAGAACUCCAAGAUUUCGGAUUUUGAGAUCAGUAUCGCGGACAAGACCAAAGCAGUCUACAAGUUGGCCCAAUUCGAAAUUUCGAAACGAUUAGCCAAGCAACAUCCGGAACUCGCAUUCCACGUGUUCUCUGAAGUAACACUUUACUUUAAGAGUCUUCCCUCAGCUGCGCAACGGAAUGUAGUCGCCGUCAUCCUACCCUGGAUCCAGACAAUCGAGCUUAAAGUCGACCCGAACGGUGGCCCUACGGCGCAAUCUUACGUGCUCCUCGCUAAUCUGCUUGAGGUCACCAUCAAAUCCAGCGCAGCACUGCAUAAUGAAGUACAAGCGCUCUGGCAAGCCCUCGCAACCGGACCACAUCCUGGAAACGUCAGACUUGUGCUUGAUUUCAUAAUCUCCCUAUGCUUAGAGCGAAGAGAACAAAAUUUCGUCGAGUAUGCCAAGCAAAUCGUGGUGUUUUUGGCAAGCACCCCUAGCACUCCUGGCAUCAAAGUAGUCGAGUUUCUUUUAAUGCAGAUCACUCCAAAGGCCAUGGUCCCCAACGAAAAGAGAGAUGCCGUCCAAUCACCUCCCGAUAUUAGCCAGCUGCAAUUACCCUACUGUGCUGACUUGUCAGAAGCACUACCUGUUGGUACCAAGCAGGCCGGCUUCUCCCUCGGACAAUUAUCCCUGAUACUCUUAGUCGACUUGAUGGUAUCCCCGGUGCAGUUGGAUCGUAACAACUUAAUAGUCUUGUUACAAGUUGUCACGGUACUUUGGGAUCACUAUACCCCUCUUGUCCAAGAACAAGCUCGCGAGAUGUUAGUACAUCUUAUCCACGAAUUAGUUGUCUCCAAGAUGGACGAUGGUACUCCCCUGGAGACAAAGAAGUCUGUUGAGGAUGUAGUCGAUGCGAUCCGACGUCACGACCGUGCUGUUGUCUGGAGUUACGAAGAAAGCAACGGCAAAGUAGACGGCCGCGACAAUAAGGUCCCACAAAGUAUGGAGCAUCUCACUGCGGAGGUUGUCAAGACUUUUGAAGUUACCUUCCCAGGAAUCAAAGAAGAAUGGAGCCGUCUCUCUCUAACUUGGGCGACAUCUUGUCCGGUGAGGCACCUAGCGUGCCGCUCGUUCCAGAUAUUCCGUUGCAUUCUUACCUCGCUCGACCAGUUCAUGUUGGGAGAUAUGCUUGCACGAUUGUCCAACACCAUUGCCGACGAAGAUACCGAGAUUCAGACAUUUUCCAUGGAAAUCCUGACUACCCUAAAAACGCUUAUUUCGAAACUCGAACCCGAGAAACUCACAUCUUUCCCUCAGUUGUUCUGGACGAUGUGCUCAUGUUUGGAUUCGAUCAACGAGGUUGAGUUCCUUGAAGCGAUCGAGAUGCUCAAUGAAUACCUAGAAAAACUUGAUUUCCACUCACCAGGCGUUCGACGGGCUCUUAUGGAUGGCCAGCCUCCAAGAUGGGAAGGUUCGUUUGAGGGUGUUCAACCUCUACUCUCCAAGGGCCUAAGGUCAUCUACCUGUCUCCAGCCUACUCUCGACACCCUGGAUAAGCUUGUUCAGCUACCGAGCGGUCAUCUUAUCGGAAACGACAAUAGGCUCUUCUUCUCUAUUCUGGCCAAUUUCCCUCGCUUCUUGCAAGCCAUGGAGCAAGAUGUUAUUGACAAAGGAACCCUGCAGAGUGCGGAAAUACUCUUCUCAGUCGCCGAUGCCCAAGGAAUGGGAUCCAUAUGUGCUGCUCUAGGAGGAUUUAUUGAUUCGGCGUAUCGUUCGAGCAGAGAUUUCAUGACCCAGUUGCUCGCCGCACUUCGAGAGUUCUUCUUACCGCAGCUCGACUUCAGCCUGUUAACAACAUUGAUGGGUUUUCUCACAAAUUGCAUGCCCUGGAUGAAGAUCAUGACAAUGCGAUUACUCUGCGUCGUCAUUCCCGAGAUCGAAAUGCGCAAGGCUGAAAUCGCUGGUCACGGCUCUGACUUGAUCUCGCCGCUCUUCCGAUUACUCCAAACCGAAUAUUGCAUGGAGGCGCUAGAGGUGCUCGACAAUAUCAUGACUAUGUCCGGAACUCCGAUGGACAAGCAUUACGUUCGGAUGAGUAUGACUAGUGCCGCAUCCAAAGACAAGAAAGACUACGAGACAACUCAGAGUCUAUUUGGCAUUCCAGAAGAGUCUGGCUGGUCUAUUCCAAUCCCAGCAAAGAAGACGGAGUUAACACGAGCCAAUAUCCAUGCCGCAUUCUACAUGUGCCAGGCAAACCCGGAGAAUGGCACACCUACAGAACCGACGCCAACCGAGGAAGUCGAAUUCCACGAGGACAAUUACCGUUACGGCUAUUUCGACAUGCCAGACCGAACCGAAACCAUGAUGUCGGACGAUGCCCAGGGCGAGGGUCAGAUGGCCGACUUAGUAACGAAGCUUGACAGUCUAGACGAUUUCUUCGAUGACAUGUCGCAGACCUCACCUAGCGAAGGCCGCUCAUCGAGAACCGUAACCGAAUUCGGCCCCGACAGCUACGAAUCCGGCGCGCGACUCUACGACGACGUCCUCCCUAUCCUGCACCAAGCCUCAACCAACACCUCCUUCCAAAACGGCUUCGUUGACCGAGUUCCCGCUUCCAAGGAAACCAAACCGAACACCAUGAACCCCAAAGCUUUCAACAUGAACCUCAGCCCCACUGCACUAGCCAGACCGGGCCUACACUCGCGCUCGAUAACGUCCCCAUCGGCGCCGGCAUCGUGGACGCCGCCGCAUCUUAGCGAGCUGACGUCCGACGACGACCUCACCGAGGACGUGUUCUCGGACGGCGACGACGACAGGCCGGUCAACGGGGCAACUGAAAGUUCGUUCUUCCUCGAGAACAUGAUUAAGCCGAUUGCGCAGACGACGAGAACGCAUAUGCGCCGGCUUACGGGUGGUGGUAGGUCGAGAGACCAUGCGGAGAAGCAGAGGGAGCUGUUUCGUGCGAGGCAGUUGCAGGUUUCGCCCCAGGUGCCGAAGGUCCCUAAUUCGUUCUUGCCGCAUAAGGCUAGUCCGUCGACGGGGGAGAUGUUGUGAGGAUAGAUGGCUGGU